AUGAAUCUAGAAAGGGAGAUUCUAAUGAAGUAUGGCCGACACGUGAGAGAAGUGCUUCGACAGUUCCUAAAAACGUCCAUCAAGUUGGCCAAAACUAGCAAUCGCAUCAAAUUCCUUCUAAACUGCCGGAAGUGCAAAGUAAUUCCAAUGUGCUUGAAUUACCAAGUGAAAGUGAACAUGGAAAAUGAAGAGUCUUUUCGCCAGCUUGAUAAGAUUCUGUUCAAACAAAAGAUCAGAAUAAUCAGUGUCAUGAUAGCGGACGCCAAAAGGACGUUAGCAAGGAUGAAGAAAACGAAAACCAUUCUGAGAAACAAAAUGGAAUGUCUUUUAGAGCGAGAAGACUUCGAACAGGUGAGAGAAGCUAUGGAAGAUAAAACUGCGAGAGUGUAUAUGACUACGAAGGUGAAAGAAAUAAAGAAAAUUGAGAACCUGAAGAAACGGAGAAUAGCCGCCAUUAGUCCUGAAGUGAGUUGGGUGGAAAAUACAACCAAUGUACCUAUACCUGACUUUCUGGAACGGACACUAAUGCUAGGACCGAACUACAACGUUCCACUGUUCAAAGAUAACGCUGAUGAAAUUCGAGCUGAAGUUGCAACCGCAAUUUCAAACUUCAUCAACUACAACAAUCAACCUCGACAUCACCAACAGGAGUGGAUCGUGAAAGAUGUAGGAAAGAGUAAGAAAUUUCUCAAAGAUCACCCCAACCUUCUGAUUACCAAAGCCGUCAAAGGUAACAAGACGGUCAUUUUGUCAUCCGAUGAAUACGUCGAAAAAAUGGAGGAAAUGCUACGAGACGCUAACACCUACGAGACAAUUACGUUUGACCCAACAGCAAGAGUGUCCAGAAAAAUCAAGACAAUCCUUGAUGAAUGGAAGAACAACAAAUACAUCGAUUUUCGAACGCAUAAGAAGCUAAACAUGUCGAACUGCAACCCACCUCGGAUAUAUGGACUUCCCAAAAUCCAUAAACAAGGUAGGCCGUUGAGACCGGUUGUGUCAACUAUAGGAUCCACAACAUACAAAUUGGCCCAAUUUCUGUCGAACAUCCUUGGGAAAAUUGUUGGAAAAACGGACGCCCACGUACUGAACAGCUUCACUUUUGCAACGGAAAUAUCAGGAGCACAGAUAAAUGAAGAUGAAAUAAUGUUCUCUCUUGACGUCACAUCGCUGUAUACCAACGUACCGGUGGACUACGCAAUAGAGUGUAUACACCAACGCUGGGACGAGAUCGACAAACACACACCGAUCGACCAAGAUAGUUUCGUAGCAGCAGUCAAACUAGUAUUAGACUCCACUUUCUUCACGUAUAAGGGAAUCUUCUAUAAGCAGACCUUCGAGUCCCAAUGGGUUCCCUCUAUCACCAGUAGUUGCAAAUCUAGUUAUGGAACGUCUGGAACAGGAGACCAUACACAAACUGGAGGAGGAACACACCUAUGA